AGACUUCUUGUGUUAGACUUGCUCUUAGUUAUAUAACUAUCUUAUUGAAAGUAUUUGAAGAAAAGGCUGAAACAUUAUUAUUAAAUCCCCAUCAGCGUCUAAAUUAUUUCAUAUACUACAACUAUAAAGCAGUCAUGUCAUCAAGUGCAAAUCCUAUUAUCAACUUGAAAGUAGUACAUCAAACUACAGAGGUCUACUUUAAGAUUAAAAGAAAAUCUACAUUGAAAAGAGUAUUAGAAUCUUUUAGUCGAAGGUUGGGACAAAGUGUUGAAAGUUUAAGAUUUAUGAUAGAUGGUCACAGAGUAACGAGUAAAGAUACACCAGAGAAAUUGAAAAUGGAAGAUGGUGAUGUCAUUGAAGCUGUUGUUUUCCAAGCUAGUGGAUGAAUUUCAUUUCAUUUCUUAUACUUUACAUUUAUAGCAGUUUUACUCCCCAUUGUAAGUUAUGUUAUUUUAUUUGCAUGUAUUAUUAUUUGUUUUAAUGCUAAAUGUUAGCUUAAAAGUUGUACCAUAUCUCUUUUUAUAUAUUUAAAUUCUUCUAAUAUAUUAGAUUCAUAUUAUUAUUAAUUUAUUA